AUGCCGCACAAAGUCCUCAUCACAGGCGGCUCCGGCUAUCUGGGCGGGACGCUCCUUGCACGCCUGGCCCAGACAAAACUACCCGCAUACGAGAAAUUGUACGCAUUGGUAAGAAGUGAUAGCCAAGCAGAGUCAGUGAAGCAGUAUGGCGCCGAGCCACUUACUUUCUCACCUCGCGAUGAGCACGCGGUGCGCGAAAAUGUGGUCAAGCAGGGUAUCACGAUUGUCUUCUUCCUGAUCGACGCCUUCAAAGCCGACAGCCAGGUCUACUUCAUUAGGGCGCUCGCAGAGGUGGGAGCGUCCACUGGCCAGGAUGUACACUUCCUGCACACGAGUGGCGCGAAGUUGUUCUCCAGUCAUACGGGAGCACCGACCGAUCGGCCGCUCCUGGACUCGGAACCUGGACUGUAUGAGAUCCAGAAGAGCCAGAAGGCGACGCUGGAUGGGCCCCUAACGGCGGUGGCAACGAACAAUACGGUCAUUGAGCAGGGUGAGCUGCAUGGUGUCAAGACCUACGUGUUUGUGCCGUGCAUUGUUUAUGGGAAAGGUGAAGGGUUUGGGAAUCCCAUAUCGAUCCAGACGGUUGCGAUUGUCAAGGCUGCGAAGGCCACGGGUCGUGUGUACAAAGUUGAUGCUAACAAGCCUUCGUGGCCGGUAUGCCAUGUGGUCGAUAAUGCAACACUUUAUAUUGCGCUCUUAUCCAAGAUCUUGGAAGGCGAGAGUGUUGAUCACGGUAAACAGGGAUAUUACUUAGCAUCAUCUGGGAGUGUCGUGUGGGAAGACCUUUACUCUGGGGUCGCAAAAUCUCUGGCUGAAAAAGGGGUCAUUGAUAACGAUGAGGUUCCACUCGCCGAUGACUCUGCUUUGCAGAAGAUGGCGGCGGCCUUGGGAGUUCCAAAGGACUUUGUGGCUUUCUCACUCGGUGGAAGAUGUACUUUCACAGCAGCACACGGUCGAUCACUUGGCUGGAAACCGGAAUAUCCACCCCAUCACAUUUUGGACACAAUCGAUGAGGAAGUUCAAUUGAUUCUGGAUAAUUUGACAUGA